GGUUAACGCCUUCACCAACUGCACUGAAGAAAGAGAUUAGGAGAAGCGAGCGUCACAUUUUCAAGAAGCCGCUAUAUUGUUCGUCUUCAACUCAAGCCGAGUUUCUGAGAGGAGACUAGCUAUAUCCUUUAACUCUUCCAGUGUUAUUUGACAGUUUUAGACGUGGCAGGCUACUCAUAGAGGAACUAGAGAACAAAUUUAUAAACGCCUUUACUCUCAUCAUGGAGUGGGUGGAGACCAUAGAGCCGGAGUCCGGUAGCAUCAUUUAUGCUAAUCUAGCGACUGGUGAAGUACUCAGACAGGCACCACCUGAUGCCAUUAUUAAGCCAAUGACAAAGAAGCAGUGGCUCAUGUUUUAUGAUGCUGAGUCUAAAGAUUAUUAUUAUCAUAAUCCUCAUACUAAUGAGACUGUGUGGGAUAGACCAGAGGGAGCUGAUAUUGUCUGUCUUGAGAACUUACAGCAGGAAGGGACUGAUAGUGGAGGAGGUACAGUGACAGCUGCAACUUCUAAUGAGUUAUCUCCAAGUAGAAGUGAUAAAGUUAAACCUGAGGAACUCCCUCCAAUGGCGUCCCCUGACUUCAAUGCUCCUCUUGAUACCCUCAGUCCUCUUGACGUGGACUUCAAUGGAUGCCAUAGUAACGAGCAUCAACAAACACACUCUCACAGGUUCUUUGACUCCAAUCAGUCCACGACGGUCGAGGGGACUCCUGUACAGAAACCUGAUACCGCCAAGACUCAUUCCCAUACCAUAGAUAGUAAUUCCGGUUCCCAUUCUCACAGCUCCUUUAGUAACAGUCUGCCUAGGAUGAAAGCUAAUACACAUGAUAGUUCGAUAAAGGAUAGCAGAGGUGGUUACCAUACAAUAGAUAGGACCAGUGGUUGUCACAGUGGAUCACUCUCCUCUGGCAAUAACACUUUAAGUGUGUCUAUGGAUAAAUCAGGAUACAAGAGACCAGCUUCACUUACUAAUCCAGCGAUACCAGAGGAUGCUGCAGUUGCUCCUCCUCCUCCCCCUCCUCCUCUUCCUCCUACUGACUUCUCUAAGCCUCGACUUGACAGCUAUCUUGUUGUGUCACUCAAUGAUGUCAGCAGAGAUGAUUCGUCAAACCCUCGUCGUGCCUCGUUCGGUAAAGAUAAGAAGAAGCUCUCAGUUCCUGCCGUCCCUUCCGUCAUUCCCCACAAGACAGCUGGAAUACCAACCCCUCCCUCUCUCCCCUCCACCUCUCCUAAGCAAAAUUUAAAGAUGAAGAGGUCUGUCUCAAUGCAAGCUGAUCUAGGAUCCUUUAACGAGCUCGCCCAACACAAGAGAGGAUUCUUUAGGCGUAAAGUCACCAUUGCCAACAUGCUCUCUUGGACAAGGGAUCCCAUUAAACAGCCUAUGAUUCUUACAAGAGACAAAGAGCUUAGGAAAGAGUCACUCGAAUUAUUUAAACUGGUGUUGCAAGCUAUGGGAGAUAAGAAAUCGAAAGUGAAGAACCCAGAUGCACUGAUACUAGAGAUAAUGUCACGCUGCUGGCAGAAGAAGGGACUCAGAGAUGAGCUCUUUGUCCAGCUGUGCAGGCAAACGACGGCAAACCCAAAAUCGGAGAGUUUAAGAAGAGGAUGGGAGCUGAUUACUGUUGCUCUUCAUUUCUUUCCUCCGUCUGUCAAGUUCAGAGGAUAUCUUGAGGGAUAUCUCUGGAAGCACGUUGAAUUUUCGGCGGAACACAAAAAGGUACCAGUUGUAACAUUUGCCCAAUAUUGUCACAAGAGGAUAGAGAAGAUGGCUCAGUGGGGGGCCAAGAAAGGACUCAAGAAGCCAUCAAUGGAAGAGAUACAGUAUGCAAAGACCACCCCAUUCACCAUGAGCAUGUUCAGUAAUACGCUAGAGGAGGUGAUGGAGAUACAGGAGGAGAGGUUCCCUGGCCUUAACGUCCCGUGGGUCAUAAUAGAACUGUGUGAGGCCAUUCUUCGACUGAGAGGACCCUCAACUCAAGGAAUAUUCAGGAUACCUGGUGACAUUGAUGAAGUGAAUGCGUUGAAGAUUCACAUUGAGAAGGGGAAAUCUGUUCCAGACUCAAUAUCUGAUCCACAUGUACCAGCGUCACUGCUGAAACUGUGGUUCAGGGAAUUGGAGGACCCACUCAUACCUGAAAACUACUAUCAAUCCUCUAUAGAUAAUUGUGAUGUGCCUAGUAACGUUCUCUCGCUGGUCGAUUCAUUGCCGAGUGUUAACAAAAGAGUUCUUUGUUACAUAACGGAAUUUUUACAAAAAUUUACGACGAAGGAGAGUAGCGACCUGACGAAGAUGGGUAUUGAUAACAUCGCUAUGGUAUGGGCUCCAAAUUUCCUUCGCUGCCCUUCAGAUGAUCACCUACUAAUAUUCGAAAAUACAAGAAAAGAAAUGACUUUUCUACGUCACUUACUGAAGAACUAUCGGCCUUCGUGAAUGUCGUACAAAUAAUAAAUAAAUAAAUAAAUAAUAUUAAUAAUACUAAUAAUAAUAAUGUUAUAUAACAGUAGUAGUGUCACAAAGAAAGGACAGUGAAAAUAACAUAGGCUAUUAUUAUUUAUUAUUAUAUAUAAAAGAUGGGUUUGCUUUAAUGAG